AAUUAGAAUGUGGAAAUAGCAUCAAGUACCUGCUUUUCUCUGUGCGCUAACUACCACCAGAAGAAUUCCCGUCACCCUGGAACUCGGUCAGCUGCAUUCAGUAGAACAAGGCUCUCCACAUAAGUAUCCAAAUAAAUAUGCUCUGGGCAACGAAUGGGAAGAUCCAAAUAUCCUCGGCUACUUGGACCGACAGAAAACAACCUUUGAUCCUUUUGCACUAGAGCUUCAUCACUCUUUGUAAAGCCUACCACCCUCUCAAAUCCCUCAAUGCGAAUAUCAAACAGCUUACUCCAAUAUUCCUCUGCUCCAUACUCUUUCAUCACCCACACGGCCUGAGACGCCUCGUUGCUGUUGGUUUCACGAAAGAAAGAGUUGGGAUUAGCAUUUGGUAAAGUCCGAUAUCGCGCGCCCGCCACCUGCUCGAUGCUUUGUUCCUGGCCGUAUAGGUUUUGCACAACUGCUCUUUAUAAGGAGAACGAAGCACCCAGACAUUCGGUACCAGCUACCAACCAUUCCAAUAGGCUUCAUCUCUCUCCAUUGUUCUCCGAUAUCAAACCCCAUUCUGGUGGUUACGAUAUAGAGCUUGUGGACCAUGAUGCUUGGCAAGUCUCGUCGGGUUUGGCACAAGCAUGGAGAGGAACGGAGGGUGCCUCGUUGGGAACAAUUUCUCAUGCGGAGGAAGUUGUUGAUGAGAAGGUUGAUUAUAGUUCCUCACAAGUUGAGAGUGAUCCGGAUUUUGAUGACAUAGAUAAUAUGAGAAUUCGUGGCAAUCUGUUCUUCAAACUUGACCGGGACUCCAAGGAGUUUGAAGAGUACAGUUUUGAUUUUCAUCGGCGGAAAUCUUCAAAGAAAAAGGAUGACAAAAAAGAAAGCAAAAAGUUGGACAAGAAGGACAACAACACAAUUCAUAGUUCGGCCUCUAGAGGUGAAAAUCUUCCCAAAAUUUUGAAUAACAAAUGUUCUAUGUCUCUUGUUGCUGAUACGGACAGUCUUUGUGUUGGGAAGAAGAAGCUGAGGACUCCUACUUUUAAUCAGCUUACGGGUCCUUACCAUGAGCCCUUUUGCCUGGACAUUUACAUAUCCAAGGCUUCUGUUCGUGCAUGCGUUGUUCACCGCCUGACGAGUAAGGUUGUUGUUGUGGCACAUUCCAUUUCUAAGGAUAUGAAGUUUGACCUGGCUUCGACUAGGAAUGCCACUGCUUGUGCUGCUGUGGGGGCAGUUCUGGCUCAGAGAGCAUUGGCUGAUGAUAUUCACGAUGUGGUUUACACGCCAAGGAAGGGCGAGAGGUUGGAGGGGAAGCUUCAGAUUGUGCUUCAGUCUUUCAUUGAUAAUGGCGUUAAUGUGAAGGUGAAGCUUAAGCAAAGAAGACCCCGAAAAACCGGUCCCUCAUCUAUACCUUAAAGCUAGUUCAGUCUGCUAUUACCGAGCUUGAUUUCACGUUAUUCAUUUGAUACUGUGGCUCUGAUCUGAUUGCUUUUCAAUGUACACUUUAUAGUAAAGUAUGAUCAGUGUGAGAAUGUUCACCAGCAGCGGCAGGAGCUAUUACAGAUUGAUGGGGCUCACUUCACGCCAUAGCGGAGCAAUGGAAACAAAUUCUACACAAUUUAGGCAGCUAAAACACAAAUAUUUUGCCGGGAAAUGAAUGUAUAUUUUACAAAGAAAACCUACUUCUUUCCUUUGCUGAGAAGACAAGGACUCGUAACAAUACUACUUCUGUUCACCUCUCUCUGCUCUGCAAUUAAAUGCCGGUUGAUAGGUAUUUAGCAGAUGGUUUUCACAUGUUUCAGUAGCAUGAUCAGUUUUUCAUGGGGGUUUGCAGUAUACUUUGGUUAUCAAGAUUGUCUUGCAUCAUCUCCUGUACAAUUAGCUGGUGUACAUUGUUCGAUUUGAUCUUUGUAAUGUAUGAAUAAAAAUAAAAUCUUUUUCUUUAUUGUAC